AUGGAGGGGUGGCAGCUCUUGUUAGCGCUGUGGACCGUCCCACCCAUCUGGGCUGGGGACAAGCUGCUCAAUGUCUGCAUGAAGGCCAAGCACCACAAGCAAGAGCCCGGCCCGGAAGACCAGCUCUACGAGGAGUGCGUGCCCUGGAAGGACAAUGCCUGCUGCACGGCCAACACGAGCUGGGCGGCCCACCUGGAUGUGGCCCUGCUCUACAACUUCAGCCUGGCUCACUGCGGCUUGAUGAUGCCGGCCUGCCAGAGGCACUUCAUCCAGGCCGUCUGCUUCCGCGAGUGCUCCCCAAACCUGGGGCCUUGGAUCCAGCAGGUGGCCCCCGGUGGGCCGGGAGAGCGCAUUUCGGACGCACCCCUCUGCCGGGAGGACUGCGAGCAGUGGUGGGCAGACUGCCAGACAUCCUACACUUGCAAGUCCAACUGGCAUGGCGGCUGGGACUGGAGUCGAGGGAAGAGCCGCUGUCCUGCAAGGGCCGCCUGCCAUCCUUUCCCGCAUUACUUCCCCACGCCAGCCGACCUGUGUGAGAAGGUUUGGAGCAACUCCUUCAAGGCGAGCCCUGAGCAUAGGAACAGUGGGCAGUGUCUGCAGAAGUGGUUCGAGCCGUCGCAGGGCAACCCCAAUGUGCCGGUGGUCCGCCUCUUUGCCAGCCCCGCCGCACCCUGGGCCCUCCCCUAUACUCUGGCGGCCUUCUCUCUGCUCCUGUUGCUUCUUUCCCGAGAUCUCCCAGCCACGCUCCUGCGCUGCCCCGGCUGUGGGCCAGGCCGAGCCCCGCAGCCUCCUUCCUGGGGCCCUUCCUGA